GGGAUUGAAGGAGAAUGUUUUUCUCGGCAGUUAUAUCAAUUGCUCUUGCGAUUUGCAUCGGGAGUUCUUUGUACAAAGGCUCGGAGAUCAGGAGAAAUGGACAAAAACUGAGACGACCACCAAAUACAUUGCCAUUUGUUGGAAAUGGUAUCCUGUUCCUCCAAGCGCGUCACAAACUUUUUUCCUGGUUCGUCAAGUGCGAGCGCAAAUUUGGAUGGGAAACAUUCGAGAUUUCAGUCCCUUCACUGCCACCCGGUGUGGUGAUAAAUGAUCCGAAGAAUCUCGAGUACGUUUUGAAAAAUGAAGGCAUUUUUGCCAAAGGGGACUUUUUCAAGAGGAGAUCUUGGGAUUUAUUCGGCAAUGGCAUCAUCAAUGCUGAUGGAGAUCUUUGGAAAGUGCAGCGAAAAGCUGGCUUGAAUUUUCUUAAUGCUUCAAAUCUAAAAGUUCUUACCGAUGUUGCACUGCCAAAAUAUCUAGAGGAUACUCUGGCACAGCUUAGGAUUGUAGGAGAUUGCAAGACUAUCAAUUUAGAGGCUGUGUUUCACGAAUUGACUACCAAGCUUAUGGGACGAAUGGCAUACAAUAUGGACAUGCGUUCAGGUGACCCAUUCUCGUUAGCUUUCGAAUACGCAUCCGGAGCUACCGGAGAAAGGUUCCAAAAUCCUCUUUGGCCUGUCACUGAGAUAAUACUCGGUGGUCGUUUUAGAUCAUCGAUAGCAAAAGUCAAAGUCUUUGGGGCUGAUAUUGUGUCGAAUGCUGUUAAGGCCCGUCAAGAGAAGUCUCAAGGGCACGAUGAACAAAACGCCAUGGAUUCUAUCUCCGGUAGUUUAAUCAAUUCUUUGUUGGACUCAAUUGACGACCAUCAGAUGGUAGCUGAUGCAGCCCUGAAUUACCUUUCUGCUGGCCGUGACACUACUGCACAAGCUUUAACGUGGGCAUUUUAUCUUCUCAUGCGUCAUCCAAGAGUCAUAGAUAGCGCUCGUCAAGAAGCAGCCUCUCUUGCCAAAGAAGGUCCCCACAAAAAUUCAACAACAUACAAGCCAACAACUGUUCCGUAUAUCAUGGCUAUUUUCUAUGAAGCAUUAAGACUCUAUCCUCCAGUACCAUUUGAAUUGAAACAAUGCGAGCAAGCGACUACAUUACCUGAUGGGACCUUUCUUCCUAGACACGCUGUACUUGUUUGGUGUCCAUGGGCGAUGAACAGGUCAACAUUGAUAUGGGGUGGGGAUGCUGAUGACUUCAGACCUGAGAGAUGGCUAGAAGAUGGCAUCUUGAUUUCGAAGACUGCUUUUGAGUAUCCAGUAUUCAAUGGAGGACCGCGUACUUGUCUAGGAAAGAAAAUGGCAGAAGCUGUGGCUGCUCAAGUAAUUGCAACAUUGGUUGUCAAUUUUAACUUUUCGCUAGUCGAUCAGAAAGAGAGAAUAAGUAAGAACAGUCUUACUCUGCCCAUAGAGGGUGGGCUACCGUGUAGAGUGAGUAUCAUUGCCUCUGCAUGAAUCACGAUCCCCGUCACGGAGCGUUAGUUGCUUACUUGUGGAAACAAUUUGACCAAUGAUUUAUUGGGGAGGUUCAAACGUUCAUUCUCAUUCAACUUUAAUCGCGAAUUAUGGAUUUCCCAAUUCUGGCCAAUAAAAGUA